AAUAACAUUAACACCAAUAGAAUUGUUAGUUACUGUCAUUUAGAAUUUGAUUAAUAAAAAAAAAAAAUGAAAUUAGUUUUAUUUUUUUGUAUUACACAAUUUAUUGCUAGUAACUAUGCUAAUGAUGAUUAUAUAAAUAAAUUGCUGGGACUUGAUUGGCAUAGUUUUUUGAUGAACGCAAUUAAAGAUUUAUCUUAUUUCAAAACUGUAUCUGAAACGGUAUCUGCAAUUAGCAUCAAACAAAUGAACCCAAAUGGUGGUCCGACUUAUCAAGACGUUUUAAAUGAAAAUCUUAGAGAUAUGGUAAAGGAAACGUCAGAUUGGAUUGAGAAUGAAUUGAAUCAAAUAACUUCGGACUAUGGAAAUAAAUGUAAAAAGAAUUGUCUUGAUAUAUUGAGAUUAAGAAGAAGAAUAGCAUUCACAAAUUAUACCAAAUGUUUGGAUGAGAAAAAAUAUGGUAUUAAAUUAAUAGAAGAUCAAUUUGAUCAGUUUUAUCGGGACAAUAUUAAUAAUAUUAGAAUAGAAUUACUAAAGGCUAAAGAAUGUCAGAAAAACGAAACUGAUGUUUGCAUAAACGAGGCUCAUAAAAAGAAAGAAAAUUAUAUACAGUGUUUGUACAUAUCACAUGGUUUUCGAAAUUGUAUGUCGACUUGUAUCAAUCAAGACUGCUUUCGAAAAUUUUAUCAUAAUUUUUGGAUGCCAAAAAUUCCGGAAUUUAGAGCACAUUUAGAAAGAGAAUGUAAAAUAACAAUGGAUUUUAAAUCAAAUUUGGAAAUUUAUUUGUAACAAUAUUUAAAUAAUUGCAAAUAAAUAAUUAUAAAAAAUUAUAAUUUUUAACAAUAAUAACAAUAUAAUAAUAAUAAUAAAAUAAUUAAAAUAAAUAAUUUUUAAUCAAUUUUACCACA